AUGUCUGAAAAUGAUUUUCGAAAUAAAACUGUAUGUGUAACAGGCGCUGGACGAGGUAUUGGUAACUCAUUGGCCUUACGACUUGCUCAACUUGGUGCUAAAGUAAUUGCUAUUAGUAAAACUGAUAAACAUUUGAAAGAACUUGCUGCACAAAAUAACAAUAUUAUUCCAGUAUGUGUUGAUUUAAGUGAUUGGAAAGCAACAAAAGAAGCUAUUAAAUCACAUCUUCCAAUUCAAUUAUUAGUAAAUAAUGCUGCCAUCUCUAUUCUUGAUUCAUUUCUAGAAAUCAAACCAGACGAUUUCAAUACAGUAUUUAAUGUCAAUGUUCGUUCAAUUAUUUGUAUUAGUCAGGAAAUUGCACGUGAUUUAAUUGAACGUAAAUUACCAGGCUCAAUUGUUAAUGUAUCAAGUCUAGCAGCAGCAGCAGCAUUGAAAGAUCAUAGUAUUUAUUGUUCAUCAAAAGCUGCAGUUGAUAGUUUAACACGUGUUAUGGCAUUGGAAUUAGGUCCUCAUCAAAUUCGAGUUAAUAGUGUACAACCAACAGUAAGUAUUCAAUAUUGUGAAAAAUUUUUCUAUGUUUUUAUUUAUAAUGUACAGGUUGUUUUAACAGAUAUGGGUCGAAUGGCUUGGUCUGAGGAAAAGAAGGCAGCAGGAAUGUUAUCGAGAAUUCCACUAAAUAGAUUUGCUGAAGUGGAAGAUGUUGUUGAGCCAAUUAUAUUUUUACUUUCGAAUAAAUCUCAAAUGAUUAAUGGCACUUGUUUACCUAUAGAUGGUGGAUAUUUGGCAACAUAA